AUGGCUUCGAACGUGACGCUUCCUGGUGGGUCCAUGCGGAGCCAGGGCCCAGGCCCGAGCUUCGCAGGCUCCGGGCACCUGCGGAGCUUGUCAGGACUGCCGUCGGAUGGCGAGGAGAGUCCGGAAGCCAUGGCUCACUGGCAGACCAUGGUGGACAGCGGCUGGAUCACGGACCAGGUGCAGGUGCACAUCAGCAAGCUGCUUGACCUGCCACGGGAGUUCCGCGAUGGCCGGCCCCUGCGGUACAACUUGCUGGCCUCGGACGAGGAGAAGGUCUUGGGGAAACUGGAAAAGCUUGGAGGCAAGGCGCCCGCCCAGGAGAAGAAGGAGACCUUCAGCCUCUCAGAGGAGGGAAUGCUGAGGCUCGCCACUCGCAGCGUGGGGAUUCUGAUUGAGCUCCAGUACGAAGACGGCCGGCGAAUUGCGCGCUGCUCCUUGAGCAGGAUGGACCCCCGCUCCGCCAAGCCGAACACGUACAGCUGCUGGGAGAACGAAGGAAGCGACGUGCCAAUCUGCGGGGUGGAGCUGACCAUCUUCGAAGGGGCCCAGGAGCUCGAGAAGACGACUCUCCCGGAAAGAGCGGCUCCCACGAGCUCUCCCAGAGGCCCGCCAGCAGAUUUCCCGCCCGGCGCAGGGCAGUCCCAGUCCCAGCCCAGCAAAGAGCCCACCUCGCAGGACAUCUCCUUCGACCCACCGCCGCUGGCCCGGAGCGGCGUUCCCCCGCCGCCCCCACUGCCCACACCGGGAAUGCCAGCACUUGGUCGGGAAGUGGCCGUGAAGGUGUCUCGGCUCUUGGAUGUGCCCAGCCGCCCGCAGAAGAACUACGUGGUGAGGGUGCUGGACCCCCUCGGCCAACUCGCAGCCACUCCGGAGAUGCCCUCCGAGGCCGGCGGUGCAGCCGUCAGCACCGUCCACCUGGGACCCGAGGGGGACCUGGCGCUCCGCACGGAGUCGCCGCUGCUGACUGUGCGGGUGGAAUUUUCCGAUGGCCUGCUGAUUGGGUCUUGCCAGAUUUAUCGUCCAGACCCCCGAUCUGAGAAGAUGUCUCAGUACCUCUUGACCGACGCUGCUGGUGGCUCCGCAGACUGCGGCGUGGAGCUGCAAGUUCUGGAAGCAGUGAAGGCCAGUCGCCACAUGGGCGGCAACCUGCCUGCGGGAAGCCGUGUGGUGGAGCCCCCGGCCUGCCCUUUUGCAACCAUACUUUUGGGAUGGGCAUGGAUGGGCUGUUCUAGCUCCAGCGGCCUUGCGCCGGCCAAGCCCGUGAAGCCCGUGACUGGCCUGCGCAAGCACGCCGGAGUUCAUGACCUGCGGCGCUGCCAUCGCGGCGGCGUCCAGCUUCAGAACCAGACAACAGAGGACCUGCAGGUUCGCUUUGCCGAGCCAAACCUCCUGGGCGGCUCUUUGCAGGUGCUGGACCUGCCGGCAGGGGAGAGCCUCACUUUCGAUCCGGGCGAGUCUUGGAACUUUGACUUCCACCUUUCCGUGAACGAGAAGCUGCGUGCUCAUGUCGUGCGCGGGGGAUCCUACAGCGUGAAGAGAAGCGACAGCACCUGGAGUCUGGAAACGCUGUCCUUGCCAAAACGCCAGGGGAGUGAGAGGCUUUCGAACCUGAAGGGUCUCAGCUUUUCAUUCUCUGCGUCGGGCUGGCUUGUGAUCUAUCAGCUUGGUGUGGCCGAGUGCCUGCAGAAUCACGGCAUUGCCAAGAACCCCUAUGUGCGUGUAUCCGGAGCCUCUGGCGGUGCGUUGGCCGCCUGCAUCAUGAUGUACGGCGCCGACCCCCGGAAGCCCUUGGAGGUGCUGCUGCAGUCUGCGCAGAUCCUCCACGCCCGGCCCGAGAAAGCCUUCUUGCUCCGGAAGUUCGUGCUUAAGGCGAUGCAGGAGAUCCUGCAGGAUGGUUCCUUUCAACAUCCAGUCUUUGAGUCCCGUCGUCUGGAGAUUGGGGUCUCCUCUACCCAGAACAAGGGCCCCGGCCGCUUCAUCAACAUGAUGUUGAACGGCCGGGAGCAUCGGCUCAAGAAUUUCAGCAGCACGGCCGACGUGGCUGUGGCCUUGCUGGCAUCCUCCACCUGCGGGAUCUCUGGGCUCCCCUUCACCUUCCACGACGAGGAGGGCGAAGAACGGCAGGUCGCCGACGGCGCCUUCAAGAACUUCCUGCCCACUUUGGAUGAGAAUUCGAUAACGGUGAAGCCCUUCUGUGCAGGAGUGGACGUCUUGAAACUGACGGGGCAACGAGCGGACAUCGGGCCCUCCGAGUUUGUGCCCGGCUCCUUCGGGGUCUUCCCGCCGCCUCCAACGCUGUUGCAGCACCUCUACGAGCUCGGCUACCGGGACACGGAGACCUGGCUCCAGCUUCACUUGGAGGAACGCCUGAGAGACGUUGCCAAGACGGCCGAAGCGGAGGCUGACCUGCCGCCCGUGGCCUUCAGCUGCGAGAAUGAGGGCAUGCUUUGGCACAAGGAGGUCCUGCAACGAGUCCCUGUGAAGUGGGCGGACAUGUUGAAUUCCCGCAACUUCCUCGCGGACAAGACUCCCCAGAUUCGGCGCCAAGGCAUGUUGGAGCUGGCCGAUCUCAGCUUCGUGGGAUUCGACGGGCAAACAGCCGAGGCCGCUCCUUGGGAAGUGACCGGCGUGAGGAGGUGGAUGGUGUUGACGGAGCUGGAUAUGCGAUGGCAGGAAAGCGAGAAGGAGAACGCAGAUCUGAGUCACGACGAGGACCAGCAGAGGGUGGAGUGGAUGAUCCAGGAGUUGCAAGUUCCCUCCGUUUCGGCUGGCUCCAAGCAAGGGUCACAGGAGGCGUUCCUACGCAGGCUCACGUGCGGCCGGGUCCACCUCUCCUGGAUAUCGGACGCAUACAUCGACGAGCAUUGCCGAAGAUGCUCCGUGGACACGCCAGAGAGGCAUUUCGUGGUGAGCACCGUGAACUACUCCCUGACUCUCAGGGCCGCAUCUCAUGAGGAUGCGAUCGCCUGGACCACGGCGCUGCAGGCGUCAAAAACAGGAGAGGUCAGUCUGGUUGCUCUGUUUACUUUCCCGGUGGGUGCGGAGGACGGCGAGCUGGAGCUCAAGGUGAUGAACUCCUCGGUGCCAGCAAACCAAGUGCUGGGAUCACUGGGCCUCGCGCUUUGGAAUGUCCCUCCGGCCCAGUGGCUACAGAGACGCGAGAAGCUCGUGGGAGGACCCGGUGAGCUGGAGUAUGCCUUCUUCUUCCAGCCAGCAAAGGUCUCCACCGAAGUGCCGCAGCCAGGCACCGCACCGAAGGCCAUGCCUGAAGCUCCCCCGGCUCCGCCAAGCGGCCUCGCGGGGCCCACUGCUGGAAGCUACGGAGGUCCGGCGCUGAUUGCACCCCUUCACUUCGGGCCGCAGAUUCCAUUCGGUGAGCCGCCUCCGGGUUCCAUGGUGGCCGGGGACCUCGUGCUCCCCCCUUUGACCGCCGGCUGGGAGGCCUUCAAGCCCGUCCCUCGUGCUCCCCAAGCGUUGCGCUCCCUUCCGGCGCCUCCGACCAAGGAGGAACCAAGGAUGGAGGAGCACCAGGCACUUUUCCCUGACAUGUUCCACUACGAGAAGGAUGAGCACGAAGCCGAAGAGCUUUGGCUGAAGCCGCCUGAGCAUGACAAGGCUGACGAGCUCCUGGGUGCUGACCGGGACUUUGAGGUCUUCCCCCGGAAGGCUGAGAAAUGGCGGGCUCCCGUACUCACACCUGUUCAGCUGGAUGUCUUCCACGACAAGGUGUUCCCCGACAUGGAUGUCAGCUUGGUGCUGCCCCAGCAGGCGAAGAAGGAACUCAUGCCGGCACGGGAAGUGAAGACGCGGAGGAAGGAGCGGCGUGACCGGGGACUGCCCGAGAUCCCCGUCGACGGCUGGGACAACGCGCAGAGCAAGCAGACGCGGCAGCCCUUGGCCUUGAGGCAGCUGAAAGACCAGGAAAGGAAGCAGACUCCUCCUCCACAGGGCGGCCAGCAGGAGCCCAAAACCAAGUGGAUCUCUCCGAUCUUGGAGGCGCGAAGCAAGCGCCGGCGUGCGAAGCUCAAGGUGGAGCGGGAGCUGGUGCGGCCGGAGCAGGCCCUCGACAUCGAUCAGCAGCUGCAGAGUCCUGAGAUGCUCUGCCUGGAUCCCGCACUUCAACCUCAGCAAUACAAAGCCCAGGUUGUGAGCCACCUGGAGCCUGAAGACGAGGAAAGACGUGUUUGGGUGCGAAGGCCUGGAUCGGACCCAACCGUCAUGGAGGCGCUGCACCGAAACAAGACAACAAACCCCUGCAACCCUGUUGCUGAUAGCUUGUCCUGUUGCAAACACUGA